GGCUCUCCCAUCUGAUAUGGAGAAGACCGGGAGCUGCGGCCCGGGUUUCGGCUCACCUGGGUGCUGGCCGGGGCAGAAGUUCUUGUUUGAACGUGCAACACGGGGUGUUAACAGAAGUCUCAGGAGCCAUGUUGUCAGAAGUCCUGCUGGUGUCCGCCCCGGGGAAGGUCAUCCUCCAUGGAGAACACGCUGUGGUCCAUGGCAAGGUCGCUCUGGCGGUGGCCUUGAACUUGAGAACUUUCCUCUUGCUGCGACCACAGAGCAAUGGGAAAGUGAGCGUCAAUUUACCCAACAUCGGCAUUAAGCAGGUCUGGGAUGUGGGCAUGCUUCAGCGACUGGACACGAGCUUUCUUGAGCAAGGUGAUGUCUCAGUACCCACCUUGGAGCAACUGGAGAAGCUGAAGAAGACGGGGGACCUCCCCAGAGACCGUGCAGGCAAUGAAGGCCUGGCUCUGCUCACCUUUCUCUACCUGUACCUGGCGAUCUGCCGGAAGCAGAGGACACUCCCAAGCCUAGACAUCGUGGUGUGGUCAGAACUGCCCCCCGGGGCAGGCUUGGGCUCCAGCGCCGCCUACUCUGUGUGUCUGGCAGCCGCCCUCCUGACUGCCUGUGAGGAGGUCUCCAACCCACUCAAGGACGGGGUCUCUGUCAGCAGGUGGCCCGAGGAAGAUCUGAAGUCAAUCAACAGGUGGGCCUUUGAGGGCGAGAGAGUGAUCCACGGGAACCCUUCUGGUGUGGACAAUGCCGUCAGCACCUGGGGAGGAGCCCUGCGCUACCAGCAAGGGAAGAUGUCUUCCUUGAAGAGGCUCCCGUCUCUGCAGAUCCUGCUCACCAACACCAAGGUCCCGCGGAGUACCAAGGCCCUCGUGGCUGCCGUCAGAAGCAGGCUGACCAAGUUCCCUGAGAUUGUGGCCCCGCUGCUGACCUCCAUUGACGCAAUAUCCCUGGAGUGUGAGCGUGUGCUAGGGGAGAUGGUGGCAGCUCCAGUUCCGGAACAGUACCUCGUACUAGAAGAGCUGAUGGACAUGAACCAGCACCAUCUGAAUGCCCUCGGGGUGGGCCACGCCUCCCUGGACCAGCUCUGCCAGGUAACGGCAGCACACGGACUGCACAGCAAGCUGACAGGCGCCGGCGGUGGCGGCUGUGGCAUCACCCUCCUGAAGCCAGGUCUAGAGCAAGCCACAGUGGAGGCAGUCAAGCAGGCCCUGACCAGCUGCGGGUUUGACUGCUGGGAGACCAGCAUCGGCGCACCCGGAGUCUCCGCACACUCAGCUGCAGCUGUAGAGGACCCCGUCCGACAAGCCCUGGGCCUCUGAGACCACCCGACAAGCCAUCCUACCAAGAAGCCUCUAAGUAUCUGGGGCUGGAGUUGGCCUCUGUGCUAGCUGCUGACACAUUUCCUGCUGGUAGCACCUUCUAGACUCUGGCCCCAUCCGUGUUCUGACGUUUCUGAAGCCAGGCAGGGAUCAGUUGUGGGGUCUUCUGAGAUGGCAGGCCUUCACCCUGGAGCUCCUAUGGGCACAUCUGCCUCACACAAACUCUCUGGCUCCUCGCCACGCACUCUUCUGUCCAGCCCACGAUGGCCCCUAAGGAACCACCUGGCCAGCAGCUUGUGGCUCCUGGCUCUUGUCCUCUCUCGGGGAUCAUCAGCUGAGGCAAGGCAUACCGACUGCCUGUCUCCGUGUGGAAAAGCUGCUGUGGGGGAAAUAAAAAGAAAUAGUACAAACAAA